AUGGCGAGCAACGUGAACGAGGAGUCUCACGCGCUCUACGGAGCCGUCGUGGUGCGCCUGGUGGAUCGCGUGAUGCUCUGCAAGACGCCUAGCGCGCCCAUGGACGGCUUCACGAUUCCAAGCACCGCAUGGGCGGACCUCGUCAGCCGUUGCAGCGCCCCGCACUUCCGCACCUCUGCGUUCCUCAACGUGACAGCCGACAAAGACCCGAAACAGGAGGUGACCUUGUCCUACCACCUCAUGACGGAUGAUGCUUUUGGUUACGGCAUUAUCGGUGCCAAGGCAGUCAGCCGCCGAGACGGGCACGCCGCGCUGGACGAGCUGGCGGCUCUCUUCAAGAAGAUGUUUGUGGAGCCCCCGUCAACGCUGAAUCCAAAGCUGGCGGACGUUUUUGUGCGGCCGGCGCGCGACCUACUGAUGAAGUACAGCAGCGGCGCCGCCGCGGGCUCAGCGGAGAACAAGGUGAAGAAGGUGAAGCUAGCCGUCGAUGAAGUAAAGAACAUGGCGCUGGACAACGUCGAGCGUGUUAUUCAGCGCGGGCAGCGCAUUGACGACAUUGUGCAGGCCACCGAUGAUCUGCAGUUUCAAGCAGAGGGCUUCCAGCGCAGCAGCCGUGAUCUGCGCAACCAGAUGUGGUGGAGCUCGAUGAAGGGGCGCAUUAUCCUGGUGGGCGCUGUGAGCUUCAUGCUCUUAUUGCUCUACUUCACGUUCUUUGCUGGCAACGGCAACAAGAAGACGGUGACAACGCAAGCUCCGAGCUCGGCACCGAAGUAG